AUGACUUCACACUGUUUUUUGGAUCGAUUUCCUGUAGAAAUAUUACAUAUUCUAUUUGAUUAUAUACCUCUUGCUGAACUUUAUUAUAAUUUGUAUAAUGUAAGUGAUUAUAUCAAUGCUGUUCUACUCUGUUAUCCAAUUAGUUUAAUUAAUUUAACAUCAUUUCUUCAAUAUCAUAUUAAUUUUAUUUGUUAUCAUAUAAAACCUGAUCAAAUUAUUUCACUUACACUUUUGGAUAAUAUUGAUAAUAAUGGUCAAUCAGAACUUUUCUUUUCUCAUUUUCAUAUCGAACAAUUUAUUCAACUUCAAUCCUUAACUUUAAUCAAUACUGAAAAUAAUUUACUACAUUGUAUACUUCCAAAUUUAAAUAAACUUAAUCAUUUACGUUCAUUUUCAUUUGAUAUUACAGAAUAUUAUCGAAUGAUUAAUAAAGAUUAUAGAUUACGAUUUACACAAGUAAAAUCAAUUCUAUUGAAUAGUUGUAUAAAUCUUUUAUCACAAUUAAAUCAAUUAACUUUAUAUAAUAUUCAAGAAAUGACAUUAAAACCAUUGUCUUGCCUUCGUCAUUUGAAAAUUUCUGAAUGUUCAACAACAGAAUUACAAAGAAUCUGUUUAGAAAUACCACAAUUGAAAUCAUUUGAGGCUUGUUUACAUGAUGAUCCAAUAUACAUUGAAGAUCUUUCUUCUUUAUCAAAAUUGUCUCGAUUAAUUUUAAAAAUUGAUGUAUUUAAAAAUAAAUUUCUUUCAAUGAAUUUCAUGGAACAAUUUCUACCAAAAUUAUUUCAAUUAAAACAUUUUGAAUUUCAAGUUGACAAUGGUGAUGAUUUUGAUAAUGGACAACGAUGGGAAAAAUUAACAAAAUCUCUUAUUACAUUUAAUUUUAAAUUUAAAAUAAGAUAUUUAUUUGAAAGUUUGAAUUCAUUUCGUACAUCAUUUUGGCUUGAAGAAAAACAUUGGUUUGUGGUUUAUAAUAAUGAAGAUUUAUAUACGAUACCUCGUUUUGCUCCAAUAGAAUUUUAUAUUAAUAAUGUAUCAUUUAUUAUGUCAAACUUAUCAAAUCAUAGUAUUUUUUGUGAACGUAUAACUAAAUUAAUUGUAUCAACAGAGAUCUUUAAUGAAAAUUUCUAUUUUCCUAAUGUAAAAAUUUUAAAAAUGAAUUGUUUAAUUUCAAUUGAAAGACUUUCAAAUAUAAUUAAUCUAAAUAAAAUAAAACAUUUGAUUUUAUCAUCACAAUAUAGUAUAUCAAUGUUUUUAUUCAUACUACCUGUAAUGCCUUUUCUUGAUGAAUUAACAAUUACUGGAUAUUUAGUUCCAGUAUUAAUUAAAGAAUUACAAAAUAAUAUUAUCAAACAAAUACGAAGUCUUAAUUUACGUUUUUGUUAUUUUGAAAAAGAAUCUAUCACGAAAAUCUUAUGUCAUCUUUUUCCAUGUAUUGAAUAUUUAAAUAUAUCACUUAUUAAUUCAACAAAAGAUAUUAUAUUUUUUAUUCAACAAUUCAAAUAUUUAUUAAAUGCAUCAUUUGGUGUGAAUUCAUUGCUUGAAAGAGAUAAAAAUAAAAAUAAUCAAAAGUUACAAAUGGCUAUUGAUAAAAAAUAUACAUGUCAAAUUGUUCAUUCAUCAAAUCAAAAUCCAUUAUCAUUUGUUCAUAUAUGGAAUAAUGAACAUGUAAGUUUUAUUUGUAUAUAA